AGAGGCUUGUAAAUUUGUAAUUUCUCAAACUCAAAUUGCAGGGAUUUAACAAUUAGGUUAAGUUAAGUUGUUUGUUGUUAUUGUCGUUGUAUUGAAUUUGUUUAUAUUCUGUUUUAUAUCAAGUUAGUAGGUCUAUAGUGAAUAUUUUAAUCUGUCAUUACAACAUUUUUAAACAAUAAUGGAUAAGAGAGAUAGAGGAAGAAACUAUACGGAAAAAGAAAAAGAACAGUUUAUGCAGAUUAUACUUAGAUACAAGACUGUGGUUGAAAACAGAAAAAUUGACAGAAUUAAUAUACAAGAAAAAAACUAUGCUUGGAUGGCGAUCGCAAAUGAAUUCAACGCUAUUCAAACCACGGGUGUAAGAGAUCUAAAAGCUUUGAAAACGUUAUUGGAAAAUUUGAAAAUGAAGGCGAAGAGGGAGAAAUCAGAAGACAGAAAACAAAUAAAUGCAUCUGGUGGAUGCUCGUCCUGCUCUCCUACAAUUUCAAACAGUGUUACACGAGAAUUUUCAGAACUAGUAGAUCGACUAACAAAUCCAUUAGAUUCAAGCAGUAACCAUUGCCAAGAAGGUGACAUUGAAAUUGAUCCAGAUCCACUUGAAGUCGUUAUCUGCCAAAGUCGUGAAAGGCCUAUAUCACCUGCCAAAGAAAUCCUUGUUGUACCAGAUAUUCCGGAAUUCCAAGGCAAAACUGACAAUAUAACAUACAACGAAAAUCUUGAUUCUGUCACUCAAGUAGCGAAUAAAAAAAGAAAAAUGUAUGACGUCUACGAAAAACUGGAGGAAAUUUCGACAAAUAGAAAAGAACAAUAUUCAAAUAAAAUUAAAAAAUUAGAUGAAGAACAUUCUUUAAGAAUGGAGAUACUCAGAAUUGAAAAAGCGACUGCCGAAAUUAAGUUUAAAAACGCGCAAAAAAAAGAAAAAGUACUAGAUUUAAAAUUGAAAAAAUUACAAGGCUAAGUUAUUGUUCUACAGAGUGUUUAUUAUGUCGCACACAUCAAAAUAGACUUGUCUGUAAAAAGUGGGGUUUUUAUAUUCGGUGUGUUGCUACCGAAAUAUAGAUUUGUAUACAAACAAAUGUAAAGUAAUUUAAUGUGUACAGUUUACAACAGGUCUACAGUAUUUUUUCCUGUACAAUUAUGUAAGCAUUUAAUUUUUUCCCUUUCAUGUCGUUUUGUCAUUAAAUCACGUUACAUAUGUUUUUACUUUCCUUGCCCUAUUACCAUAGGUAAGGAAAGGGUAUUGCUUUCCGAAAAAAAUUAAGGUACCCCAAUUUCUAAAUUUCUAUAUGUUUGAAGGUCCCCUGAGUCCAAAAAAGUGGUUUUUGGGUAUUGGUCUGUAUGUGUGUGUGUGUGUAUGAGUGCAUGUGCGUCUGUGUACACGAUAUCUCAUCUCCCAAUUAACGGAAUGACUUGAAAUUUGGAAUUUAAGGUCCUUACACUAUAAGGAUCCGACACGAACAAUUUCAAUCAAAUGCAAUUCAAGAUGGCGGCUAAAAUGGCAAAAAUGUCAAAAACAGGGUUUUUCGCGAUUUUCUCGAAAAUGGCUCCAACGAUUUUGAUCAAAUUCAUACUUAAAAUAUUCAUUGAUAAGCUAUAUCAACAGUCACAAGUCCCAAAUCUGUAAAAAUUUCAGGAGUUCCGCCCCAUCUAUGCAAAGUUCGAUUUUAGAUUUCCAAUUAUCAGGUCUCAGAUAUAAUUUAAAUGAAAAAUUUCGAGUGUAAAAGAUUGAGCAUGAAAAUCUCUCCAAUUAAUGUCCAGUAACAUUUUCACCUAAAAUUGAAAAUAAGCUUGAAAUUUGAGAAAAUGUGAUUAUUCAAUUGCAAACUGUUGGCAACUGUUGAUUCUAUUAAAUCAUUCACUAUGAAGAGAUAGCAGAUCUCGUUUGUAUCCAGCGUUAUUGUCCUGUCACCAGCAGGCUCAGAUCUUUGAAUAGUAAACUAGUAUGCGCGGGAACACUAGCGUCAGGUGAUCAAUUUUCAUAGCGACAAGGAAAGUUGUGUGAGUACGCCACACCAGAUUUUUAUGCAUGAAUAGUAGUGAUGCUAUGCUACUUCAACCACAAACCGAAUAUGGAAACCUCUCUUUUUACAGACAUGUUUAUUUUGAUGUGGGCAACAAAUGAACGCAAUGUAUUUUUUCAUUUCAUUGCAUAGUAUAAGUAUCUUUUAAUAAAUAAUAGUCUAAGUGUAAAUAUCAACUUGUAAUAAUUUUGUAAUUGAAUGUAUGUCGAUUUUACGUUUUCAGUAUUAUAUUUCAUACCUGAAUUAGUUCACUAUAUAAAUUAUCAGUGUGUGGAAAAUUAAAUGUUGAUCGACCAAUUUCCGUAAUACUGUUGCUUUAACACCAUUGCAAACUGAAAUUUUUUUCUUAUCCUUAGGUCUAUAUAGAUGGGAUAUGUCUACAAAUUAUUGAUGCAGCAUACAGUACCACUUAUGGUUUCCUGGAGGUUCUUCUUUUUCUUUUAUAUCAAUAUUAUGAAGUACACCAGUGACAAUAAUUAUCAUUGACAUUGUAAACCCUAGGCUACACUUGGAACUCUUCUUUUCCAAACUUUGUGAGAUGUAAUGUAUCUUCUAAUAAGACAGCCACUAUCACCUAUUAAGUAACUGUUAGGAUAGACACAUGAUUCAUGAUCAGCAUAUACUUGUGCACAAUUAAAGAUGUUGCUAUCAUGUACAGAGCCACGCCACCUUGCUGUUAGUGUACUUUUAGAAAGCCCAAAGGAGCAUUACAUAAACCUUACAGCUUGUACGUCGAUCGAAAAGUAGCAUUUCCAGUUCAAAGUUUGGCUUCGUCACCCCCAGAUGACUGUGUUUUAACGUUUUAAACAAUCGAUACAUCAAAUCAAGUUUGAAAAUCACUUUAUUGUAGAAAAUAUUUUUUUAGUUUGUAUUAUCUAUUACAUUUUUAUAAAUUGUUGCCUCAAUGAAGCCACUUACUUUUUCAACUAUUUUAAAUAUUUAACUUAUGCAAAUGUGCUGACAACCAUGACAUUUUUGAAUUUAUUUAUACAAUUUGACAAAAAUUUUCCACUGAGUCUGAUAAGAUCCAUUGUGGUAAAAAUAAAAUAUCACUGUACAUAGACAUAAUGUAAACUCUUUUCUGUUUAGAGUUACUUGUAAUACGAAUAGAAAUAAAAAUCUCAGUACCCUU